AUGGCAGACACACCUCGACUACCAGGAACGGCUGGUUUAGCAUACUUCGUCGCUGGUCAUGGGGCCAAAAAUCCGUCGGCUGGUGACAAGAACAAGCUCUUGGUUUCUCAUGGGCGGCCGCCUUGGUAUGGUCAGGAUGGAAAACCCUUGACGGACGCUUUUGUUAUCGGGAUUGCAGGCGGUUCUGCCAGCGGCAAGACUCAUGUCGCUCAGGAGAUAGUUCGAUCUAUGGACUCGAUACCUUCUGUCGUCAUUAUGUCCCAGGAUUCAUUCUACAAAGAACAUACUGCGGAGGAAUUGGAACUGGCUUUUGCAAACCAAUAUGAUUUCGAUCAUCCGGACGCAAUUGAUAUGCCACUGUUUGCUCAGUGCCUACGAGACUUGAAAGGAUGUAGGCAAGCGAACGUGCCAAUCUAUUCGUUUACGGAACAUCAGAGAAUGGAGCAAAGGAAAUACUUGUAUGGAGCAAAUAUCAUAAUCGUCGAGGGCAUCAUGGCAUUGCAAGAUCCUCAGUUGCGAGACCUUUACGAUGUCAAGAUAUUCGUACAAUGCGACUCGGAUCUUAUGCUGGCACGUCGAAUUAAACGUGAUGUCGCAGAACGAGGGCGUGAUGUCGAUGGUAUUCUCGAACAAUACUUGCGAUUUGUAAAACCGGCCUAUGACUAUUUCGUCGCACCUACAGCAAGGCAAGUGAAGCACAAUAUGUGGCCAUUGCAUACUGACGAAAGAUGUAGAUAUGCAGAUAUUAUCGUACCAGGAGUAAGGAACGCCGUUGCGAUAGAUCUCAUUACGACACACAUCCGCAAGAAGCUUUCAGAACGUUCUUUCCAGUUCAGGGACAAGUUAGCUCGUGCGGAUUCCCUGGUCCACAUAAUCACCUCUCCAACUGUGACGACAGACACAUCUUGCAAUCUGAUUGGCAUAUAUACUAUUUUACGUGACAAGGAGACCUCACGAGAAGAUUUCAUUUUUUACGCGGACCGAUUGGCCACCCUGAUCUGCGAGAAGGCAAUGGAGGUCCUACCAUUCAAGAACAUAAACGUGUCUACUCCAACUGGGGCCAUUGCAGACGGCAAGGAUGUCGAUAUGGAUAACCCUAUCAGGCAAAUCUGUUCUGUUACCAUUGUUCGCGCAGGGGGCAUGCUCGAGAAGGGUCUUCGGCGCGUGAUGCGGGACAUCGCCAUUGGGUCUCUUCUCAUUCAAUCUGAUCCUUCUUCAGGGGAGCCGAUGUUAUUGCAUAGUAUGCUCCCAUCGGUUGUUCAAAGGAGGGAAGAAAGUGGGGAUGCGUGGGUGUUCUUACUCGAUGCCCAGAUCGGAACUGGAGCGGCGGCAUUGAUGGCGAUACGGGUGCUACUCGAUCACGGUGUUGCUGAAGAUCACAUUAUCUUUGUCACUUUCCUCGGCGUUCCCCGAGGUGGAAUGGCCGUCAUUCGAAAGACAUUCCCAGGGAUAAGGUUUGUGUGCGGGGCGGUUGAUGAUGGGCUCCAGGAGGCUUGGCUUCAUCAUGAAGACGGUACACCAGGGAGGCGUCUUUGGUCUAUUACUCCAGGCAUGGGUAACAUUGGUGAUCGUUAUUAUAUGUAA